UGCAGCUGACUCACUGCUACUCACACAAAUGAGACUGAGGGGUCCACACGCGAUAUUUCCCACCACACGCUCGACUGCCCAUCUUUUGGUAGUGUGAUCUUCAGUGCUACCAAUGACCAUGUUGGUGAGCACCAUCCUCGUUCUACUGCUGGCCAAGGGCGCUCUAAGCAGCAUGCUGCAGAGGGACAGAGGCUGCAAGAGAUGGAAACCAAGUGAGCAAAAACAAAACGUUUGCUGUGAAGAAUGCCAUCCAGGCAACCAUGUGGUUUUUCAUUGUGGCCCCAACCCAGAACAGCUUUGCACUCCGUGCAGGGAAGGAACCUAUACAAAGAACGCCAAGGACAUCAAGUGUGAAAGGUGCACUCAGUGUACAGGUGCGCAGAUUGAGCUGGAGAAAUGUACAACCACGAGAGACACACAGUGUGGGUGCAAAGAUGGGCUGAAGUGCGGCGACGCACAGUGUUCCUUUUGUAUCAAAAAGUGCAACAAAGGCGAGGAACCCGAUGAAGACCGUGAUUGCAGAACAUGUCCAAAUGGAACUUUCAAUGACCAAAUUCAUCAGAAGUGUAAACCCUGGCGUACCAAGUGUCCCAAUCCAUAUCAAACAAUUGUGAUCAAAGGCGAUGCCUUCACUGAUAAUCUGUGUGUUAACAUUUCAAGCAGUGGCCUCAAACAACCCGAAUCCAAAUCCGAUCACACCGCGUUCACUUGGCCCCCAGUCUUAUCUGUUUUCCUGAGUGUGGCUUUAAUCAUCUUUCUGAUCAUAGCCGUGUAUAGUGAAAAGCGAAAAAGGAAGGCAAAAGCAGAAAUCACCAAGAGACCAAUAAUAAGAACAGCAACAGACGAUCCUGAGACGUUAAUCGCCAGUGAAUGCAGUUUCCACGAAGCCCAGGAAGAGCACGGCAGCAGCUCGUCUGAGUGUUUACCCUCAAGAGAGUCUGGAGACCAUCUUUUGGUGUGAACUAGGAAAGCUUUUGGUCCUUCACAGAAAAAAUAACUUACUGUACAGUACACGUCAUUAGUUUGUGUGGGCAGCGCAUUUCAUUAACUCAUACUAAAGGUCACCCAAGAUCCAGUAAUCCAACUGGAGUAAGGGAAAUUCUAGAGAAGCUUUAGCCCUGUAUAGGGCAGCUGACUAUUUUCGGUCAUAAAAAAAGACCUGCCGUCCACAUAACGUAUCAUUCGGACUAUAAGUCGCUCCUGAGUAUAAGUCGCACCAGCCAUAAAAUGCCCAACGAAGGGGAAAAAAACAUAUAAGUCGCACCGGAGUAUAAGUCGCAUUUUUGGAGGAACUUUACUUGAUAAAAUCCAACACAUAGAACAGAUACAGUGGGGUAAAUAAGUAUUUAGUCAACCACUAAUUGUGAAAGUUCUCCCACCGAAUUAGAGAGGCCUGUAAUUGUCAACAUAGGUAAACC